GGGAUGAGGAAGAGUUUGAAGGAUUCUGGAGUGGCAAAAAGUGUGUCUCUGUCUCUUUUCAAUGUGGUGGAUAUUCCCGGGGCACUUGGACCGACGGUCUUUUCGGUCCAUUCCAAAAAAGACAGGACCGACCCGGUCCUAAUACAAACCGGCGUACCGAUAGUCUUUUUGUUCCGUCUUAUGAAAUACCAGACUGGCCCGGUCAUGAGACAGACCGCAAGACGGUGGUUUUAGUCGGACUGAUUAACAACGCUAAUUGUGUACAUGUCCUAAAUUUAAUACAUCAGUCAAAUAUAGCAAAAAUCGCAGAUUAUAUUUUAUCAGGACUAGUGAUGAUGCUGGUGGAUUUGUUUCAUCAAUUUCAACAAUUCAACGCCAGUUUCACCAAUAGUGGUGAAAUUAUUUUACCAGCAUCUUUAAUCUGGACCGACGGUAUUUUCAAUCCGUCCCAAAAAAGACAGGACCGGCACGGUCCAUCUAUUUGA